AUGGGAAAAAUAAUGGUGGGAAGUGCAAGUAAGGUUACUUUUAUCUUCUUGGUUACUCUCGCCAUUACCAUUCCAUGCCUUGAAGCUGGCAUUGCUGAGUUUGAUGAUUUUCUCAAAGUACAAGCUGAGAAAGCCCAUAGACUUGCUCUUGCGUCCUACGUGCCAAUUCCUGAAGAGGUUACAGAGGACCUCAAUCUACACGUUCAUUUGGCAUUGGAUGAGACAUCAAACAAUACAAGGAGGGAGUUAAAGCAGAAAUAUCAAGGACCAUGCACAGCCACCAACCCCAUUGAUACUUGCUGGAGGUGCAAUCAAAACUGGGCCAAAAAUCGGUUUAAGUUAGCCAAAUGUGGUAAGGGGUUCGGAAGAAGGGCCACCGGAGGACUCGGUGGCCCCAUCUAUGUCGUCACCGACGAAUCGGAUAACGACAUGAUAAGCCCCAAACCUGGGACUCUCCGUUUUGGUGUUACCCAGAAGGGUCCAUUGUGGAUCAUAUUCCAACGUAGCAUGAUUAUAAGGUUAAACCAAGAGUUGUUGGUUUCCUCCGACAAGACCAUUGAUGGUCGUGGAGUUAAUGUUCAGAUUAGGGAUGGUGCUGGCAUCACCAUGCAGUUUGUGAACAAUGUUAUCAUUCAUGGGCUUCGCAUUAAGAAUGUCGUAUCUAAGCCAGGGGGCAUGAUGAGGGACUCUUAUAAUCAUGUUGGAUUAAGAACCAGGAGUGAUGGUGAUGCCAUCUCCAUUUAUGGUUCCACAAACAUUUGGGUUGAUCAUGUUUCCAUGUCUAAUUGCGAGGAUGGUCUUGUUGAUGUUAUACAAGGUUCCACUGCCAUCACCAUCUCAAAUUGCCACAUGACCAAACAUAACGAUGUGAUGUUGUUUGGAGCUAGUGAUAGCUACAGUGGAGAUAAGAUUAUGCAGGUGACAGUGGCAUUCAACCACUUUGGGCAGGGAUUGAUUCAGAGGAUGCCAAGAUGCAGAUGGGGUUUUGUCCAUGUUGUGAACAAUGACUACACUCACUGGCAAAUGUAUGCAAUUGGUGGUAGCUCAGGGCCAACCAUUCUAAGCCAAGGAAAUCGCUUCAUUGCUCCUCCUAACAAUGCUGCAAAGGAGAUCACACAUAGAGACUAUGCAGGACCAGAAGUGUGGAAGAAUUGGCAAUGGACAUCAGAUAUGGAUCUGUUCAUGAAUGGUGCAAAGUUUGUUCCUUCAGGGCUACCUAUUAAAAAUGUGCCAUACAAAAAAGGUUUCAUGAUGAAACCAAGAGAUGGAUCUCAUGCCAAUAGGCUAACAAGGUUUGCUGGUGCCCUUGCUUGCAGGGUGGGCAAGCCUUGUUAG